GCCCGGGUGCGUUACUCUCCGCUUUAGUCGCUUUCUUAUUUUUCUAGCGUUAACACACGCGAGCGAGCGCGUACCCGUUGGUUCGCUCGAAACGGCCCCGGCAUUCGCGGUUGCGUAAAUUUUGAUUUCUCCGAACGGUGGGUUUCGAUUCGCGCGCGCGCUUACAGAAAUUAGCCGUUUGGCUGCAAAGUGUUUGGCAAAUGCACCGAGUUUGGGAAGGAAAUAUUGUUAUACAGAAGAAGUGAAAAAAAAAAAACAUACCGUAAAGUGCCGUUCCAGUAUUUUUGUUGUUGUUUUUGUAUGGUCACUGUGGUGCAUUGUGCGUGAAGGUGAACCGUUGCAAGAAGGCUUCAGCAAAAAGGAAUUUGCCAGUUGCUCAAGUGUCGCACUCGUCCCCGGUGCGCCCCGAAGUAAAGCACGCGAUCGACGCUAAACACAUACGCGCCCAAGCAGUUGGUGUGAUUCAUCCCUCAUCUGUUGUGGGGUAGAUGGGGUAGCGAAAAAGGCCGAGAAAACCCAACCAUUCUCGACCGUUUGUGUGGAAAGUGUAGAGCAUUUAAGAGUGUACCGUGGGCGCCGAUGCGAUCGUCAAGUAAGUCGAUCACACGCACCCGCUAAACGGGGAAGGAAAAUCCCUAAAGCGAGCAUAAAAAAAAAUAACGCCAGUGAGUGAAACGAAACGAAAAGAGAGGAAAAAUCUCCGCGCGCUCGCACGUCAACCCCGAGAAGAGGAAAUAGAAAUCGUUGCGUGCUGCGUGUGGCUUAUGCUGCUGAUGAUCUAUUACAGUGCGUUUGUGUGUCUGUGUGUGUGCGUGCAUGUGUAACUGUGCUGUAUUGUCGCGAUUCCGUCCGGUUUUCCCCAUCCCUGCUCGAUCUGUGUCACGCGUGAAGUGAAAAGUCGCCCGCGCAACUAAAAGAAAAUAGCAAGAAAAUACAAGCGCCUUCCCGACAACCAUCGCUACUCCAGCGUUUAAGGAGUAGGACGUGUGGUUGAUAGUUUGUGAUAGUGUGUUAGAUUAGUUUUUGCUUAUAAAAGAGUGCCCCACAGUGCGUGCGGAACCGGAUUGAAGGGGCGGGAAAAUAGAGCACGGGCAAAGAAAAACAAGCAUUGACCAAAAAUGUGCAGCCUACUUUCGCUGGUUGCGUUCGGGUUGGUCCUGCUGGCCGUCCCGGGGCUGGCCGGAACUCGGCCCCAGGAGGUCCGGAUCAACAAAUGCUGCCGGCUGGGUGAGUUCUACAACGUGGCCGAGCGGCAGUGUGUGGCGGGCGGUAUAGCCAAAUGGGUGCCACGCAUCUUCCUCCCCGCCAAGGGUCAACUGUACAAGGAUCUCGGCUCGGCACCGCCGUUCAUGAAGUUUGCCGAACAGCAGCAACCGGACACCUGCCCCCGGCCGAACGUGUACGCCGUCGAUCUGGUCACGCUGAUGGGCAAUGGGUCACUGUUCCUCAACCAGAAGCACGUGCUGGUGCCCGUACCGGACUACUGCAUCGAUGAGAAGGUGGCCCUGGUAUGCCCGGAACGUCCGACAGAACUCCCGGCAGCCGACGGUACGAACGGCGGUGGUCAGAUGGAUUCCCUUCAGGCGCCAGAAAAGACGAGCGUUGUGUUGCGCUGCUGCGGUUCCAACUUUGCGUACGAUCGGGGCAAUCGGACCUGCUCCAAGUUGCCGCGCGGCCACGAGCUGUACGAUUCGCGCAUCGUAAACUCCCCGUACGUGGAGCUGAGCUACGGAUUUCCGGCUUGCAAGGAGCACGCGAUCGCGGGCGCUUUCGAGGAGUCCCGGCUGCAGGAACAAACCGGCUCGGUAACGACCGACUCCGGCAAGAUCUUUGCGUCGGGCGAGUUCUGCCUGGAGCAUGUGCGGGACGACGAUCGGACGGUGUACGUGUUCACGUGCUCCGAGCACUUCCAGCCGGCUUCGGUGCCGAUUGCGAAGCAGGACGGCCGGUUGGUCCUCUACUCGGCCGGGCUGCUCAUCUCGACCAUCUUUCUGGCGGCGACGCUCGCCACCGGUCUGCUCGUACCGUCCCAGCAUCACGUGCUGCACUGGCGCUGCCAGACGCACUACGUCGCCUGCCUGCUCGUGGGCGAUCUGCUCCUUGCCAUCACUCAACUUUCCGGCAACUCCAUCACCGGACCGGCCUGCACACUGAUAG